GUCGACGUUGACUAAAGUGAGAAGCGUUUAACGCUUUUCAAAGUAUCUCAGCGUAAUUUGAAAAAGUCAAUUUGACAAAAAAUAUACAUUAUACAUACAUAUAUAUUAUAUGCAGUUCUAAGAAACAAAGAUUUUUAUGUAAUAGUGUUAUUGCAUUUUACUUGAUAAUUAUGAUCUGCUCCAUCGGUACACAUUUCCCAUGCACUCCGCUUAUUAAUAUAUAUCUGAUAGCAUUAUGGUUGCUGAUUGGCGGCUGUUCGGCGCAAUCAGAAUGCAACUGGAAAUGUGAUGAUGGCGAGUCCAUAGAUUGUGAAUAUUUUUGUGACGGCUUGAAGAAUUGUCGAGAUGGCUCGGAUGAAAGUACAGAAAAUUGCUUCGUAAAUUCGACGUGUCCGUCAUAUGCAUUUCGCUGUGCCUAUGGUGCCUGCAUCAUGGGCGAAAAUCGCUGCAAUGGCAAGCAGGACUGUGCGGACAACUCGGACGAAUUGCCAUUUCUGUGUGAGAAGACGAGGCAAGAAGUGGAGGUGGAAUUGCGCGGUAAAUGUGGUGAUGCGGAGAUGCAAUGCAGCAGCGGGGAAUGUAUAGACAGCGAUAAAGUUUGUGAUGGCAUACGCGAUUGUAGGCUAGGAGACGACGAAACAUUGGAGAAGUGUGCACCAUUUUCGUGUCCCACGUUCGCACAUAAAUGCGCCUAUGGCGCUUGUAUUGAAGGCAAGGCUGCCUGUAAUGGAACCGUAGAAUGUCAUGACGGCUCUGAUGAAGCGUAUGCGCUGUGUGGUAUGAAGCGGAAAGAUAAACCCAAAACAGACAUUGUUUACUUUCCAACGGAUAGAACUAUGGUUAGUGCAAAGUUAAAACCACCACCAACAACAACUCUGGCAGUAAAUGAGAGGUGUAAAAUACCGGAAAAUCUUGCGAAUGUAAUUAUAAGAGAUGAGUUGCGUGGCACAAAUUUACAAGUGGGUUCGAAGGUGCCAACAAACACAGUUGUUAGUUUUGCCUGUCAUCCAGGUUUCAACUUGGUGGGUGAUAUUAGAACGUUUUGCCGAAACAGAGGUUGGCAGAAUAACUUGCCCACAUGUAUCAAGUACUGCAAUGCAACUAUGCUGCAAGAAGGCUUUUCUACGAAGGCCACCUGUUAUUUUGAAAAUGUACUCGUACCAUGCAGAAAUAUUCGGCCGGGCACAAGCGCAGUAAUCAGCUGCGAAACAGAUUAUCAACGCAAGAAUGUAUGGGAAGAAACAACCCUAACCUGUACAAAUGAGUACCAGUGGAAUAAUCCGAAGACGCCCUGCGAAAUACGGUGCGGCUAUAUACAACAGCCGUCGACAGCUUUCGCCAGUAAUGGCAGAAUGGUUAAUGUUACACAAGCCCCUUGGCAUGUGGGUGUAUACAGUAAAUUGAAUCAAAGGGAUUUUAAGCGCACAUGUGGUGGGUCCAUAGUUUCGACGCGCAUUGUUGUAUCAGCUGCUCAUUGCGUCUGGGACGAAGCUAACUCAGCGACAUAUCCAGCGGGACUAUUCAAAGUUGCAGCUGCACAGUUGGCGUCCCGCUAUAUCACUACUGAAGGGUCUGAUGUUUCAUAUAUAUAUGUGCCAUCUUCGUAUACUGGUGCUGAUGGUAAUUACCAAGAUGAUCUGGCUAUCCUCAAAGUGGUGAACAUUUUCAAAUUUACUGAAACGGUUAAGCCCAUUUGUUUUGAGCCCAAGAACAGGGCCGCUGCAGUCGUGGAAAACGAUGAACUUGGUUUCAUUGUCGGUUGGGGUCCUACGACGAGCAGCAACAAUGUCGAUGUAUUUCAAAAAAUAGAUGUAAGUUCGAUCUCCUACCAAAGUUGCCUGGAUCGGUUGACAAUCAACGAUACACCUUACGAUUUGCCGACUGAUAAGUUUUGUGUGAGGCGCGUAGCGAGAACAGGAGAUAUUUGUCGCGGUGAUAGCGGUGGUGGUUUUGUGAAAAAUAUUAGAGGGCGAUAUUAUUUAGUAGGCGUGGUAAGUCACGCGCCGUUAAGACAUAUCGAUUGUGGCAGGGAUGGCCUUGUGGCAUUAACAAAUGUGCAAUUUUAUACUCAAAUAAGUAAAUACAUAGAUGGGGACAAAGAUCGAGUGGUACAGCAAAAUGUGGCAAUGUGAUGGCAUAAAAAUGCAUACAUACAUAUUAUACAUAUGUAUGGAUAAGUAAGGUUAAGAAAAAAGUGACUGCUAUAAUAUAAGCUUUUUUGUACUCAGCCAGUAAUUAAGCGUGAUAUGAACAAUUGAAUUUAAUUAGUUACAGUGGCACAAAUACAUGCAUACCUAAGUAAGCAAA